ACUUGUGGAUUAAAACCUUAAGCCCUAACUCGCAAAAUUGAUCGAAUCCGACGAUAAUGGCGGAGAGUUCCUCUGCUCCGCCCACUGCCGACAAGCCGGUGAUUGUUAGGGUUAAGCGAAAAGUUUCUCAGUUUGCGCUAGAUGCUUUUUGGCUGGAAAUCCAUGAGAGGCCUGCUAAGCGUCCGUUGAUCGACUUCGGAAAGCUAUCAAUAUCUGAUGCUUCUUCGAGUAAAGUGGAGGAAUUCAAGACGCAAAAAAUCUUGGUACGACAUGUGGAGACAGUUGCUAGCUCCAAGGAUACAUUUGAUGUGCUGCGAUCUUUCGUGCCUAAUUCAUCGGAUGAGUUGAAAUCAGAAGAGAAAAUUGAAAAACGAAAACGGAGUUUCAAGACUGUGGAUAAAGAAGGUCAGCGAUUGGUCAACGCAAGACAGAGUCAAGAGGUUUUGUCAAGAAAUGCUCGCUUUGAGCAAAUAUGGAGAAGCAGAAAGCUGCAGAAAGACAAUCCUGGGGAUGAUGCUAUAUAUGAUAUGUGCCGACUCUAUGAUGUUGUUAGGAUUGAUGUUGAAGAGCACACCGUUAAGGAGCACAUUGAGGUGAAAAAUCAGAAGGAAGCAGAUAUAGAUGAGUACAAGAUAAUGGGUGAUUUCUUGCCUCUCCUGAGAGAAGUUUUGCCAACUGCUGCUGAGGAGAUUGAACUCGAUAUCCACGACCUCGUUUCCAAACAAGAUGGGUACGUGUAUGAUGUCUAUACUAUUGAGGAGGAUGUAAAUGAGUUGGAUGCUGAUUAUGCUAGCCAAAUUCCGAAGAUCGAAGUUGAUGAUGAUGAAGACUUCUAUGAUGGCCCAUAUGAUACAGAAUAUGAAAGUGAUGAUUCUAACGAUGAAAACAAUCCCCUGAAUGAUUAUCCGGAUGAAGAGACAUGCGAGGAGGAUGAGGAUGAGGAUGAGGACGAGGAUGAGGAUGAGAGCAGAUCAUCUGAUGAAGAAUCGGAGGGAGAGAGUACAACUUCUGGAAGCCAGUCUGAUGAUCCGAAAGAUGGAAGUGAGGUAUCGUAUGGUCUGUCUGACAUGGGUUCGGAGGAGUAUGACUGGUUAGACUAUGCUGAUGAAAACUUAGAAGAUGAAGAAUCAUAUUGGUGAGGAAGCAAUGUUUGAGCCUUGUUUUGGCAUUUCUUCACGUGAGAUGUGAAUAUUAAACUUCUAGGCACUAAGUGUGACUCGCGCUUUUAACUCUAUGUUAGCUUGUUUUUUGUGCAUUAGAAAAUGAUUUCUGAUCAGUUUAACGAAUUUUCUACACAUUCGAAAUA